AUGUACAACACAAUAUGUUCUAGAGGAACUGAGGGAUAUGAUCCUCCAUGGUAUUGGAGAAGUAAAUGUAGGCCAGAUGGUUUGGUUUCCCCAACGUCGACAGCGUCUUACGGGCCAGAUGAGUUAAAAACUAUGCUAGAACUCUUGCCCUCCAAUAUUAGUGAUAUCCCAAAAGCACUGGGACAACAUCGCAUCAUGUUUAUCUUAAUGAAACAUUUUUGUGAAGAAAAAUUCGCCAACUUUCAUGGUGUUCAAAAGACCUGUUCCGACCUUACUGUCUAUUCUACAGUGUUGGUGGCAUUAGACAUUGGCAUCUUCGCCAUACAAUCCGUAGAUGCCGGGCCUAAUACGUCUUGGAUCAAAACAUUCCUGUAUUUCUCUGUAGUUGCUUCUCUCGGAAGCAUCAUGUCUGCCUUUUUACUGCAAAGGAAGAACCAAGAAGUCUUGCAAGUAUCAUACGUGGAGGCGUGUCAACUCAUGAACAGGUUCCGAGAUGCCUCCGGACUGUAUUCUUUAUAG